AUGCGUCUCUGCUCCACGAAUGAUGGAACAUGCUACACACUCCAGGUGGCGCAACAGGCCUGUACGGUUGCACCGGGACUCCUUCUCAGUAGACGUCGAGUUGACUGCGUGAUCGUCAGUGUAUCGCCUCCCCCGCAGACAAGACAGCCAAAACUAUUCUCACCCGAUGUUGAUUAUAUCUACGCAAGUAGGCACUGUUCCAGUCCUCAAAAGUCCAAUCAGCGCAAGAUUCCUUCCUUCCACAUGUCCACUGCCUUGCGCAGGGCCAAGUGCCAGGCGAGUCCUUCAAAUUUCCAAGGUCACACACUGUUUCAUAAAGCGUCGAAACUUGACGCCACGGUCGCUAAGCUCGUCUACGCCUCACCUCCUGCAUCUCCAUGGUCCACUCCUCUCCUUCCUUCGUGGUGGCUCAUCCUAAUUGCAAGGAACCACGCAGCACGACCGAAGACGGCGCAAUCAAUUGGCCUCCAAAGAGGAACGUCACCAACUAGUCACUCUACGUGGCGCAGAUCAGGUGGACAGUCGCCAAUGUCCACUCCACUGCAAAGAGAACUCGUUCGGCAUGCAUUCACACCGGACACCGUACCAAAGGCUGCGCGGCGUUCUGCAGUGCACGUAAACACCACGCCCAUCACUCUCCUGGUGGCAGGAAGGAUGCCUACAAGCAGGGGGAGGGAAAUAGACAUCGUCUUCUCCGACUGUUAUGCAAAUUUCUGUGGCCCGAGAGCCGAGGUGGAACGCCGUCUUACCUCUUCGCCGAUGAGUCACCGCACACUCAGCCAUAUGCAGUGGCUGGCUGGUAUCCGAAUCACAGGAUCUGUCGCCUUCUUUCUCCCCGAUUGGACUCGCCUACCCCCACCACCACCGCCACCACCACCAACAAUGAGCACUCAGGGACGCUCUUGCAGUCGUAAUGCGAAGCGUCAUCUUCGAAGGUCAGUCUACCAUUGUACUACGGAACACCUGCAAACCCUGUGA